UACAGUUUUCAUUUGCGAUUUCUGAAAUUGGAGAAAAUGUCACAGAGUGUGCAAGGUGCAGUUGAAAUUUCUGAGAGCUGUGGCUUUCGUUUUUAAUGAUAGUGCCUCAAAAUUAUCCUAAGUGAUUGAUUGUGUCUCUCAGAAUCAUUGUUUAAGACUUUUCAUUUGGAUGAUGAUGUAGAUAAUCAGAAGCCUAUACAGCAAGAAAGAAAUGAGGUUUAUCGGUUUUCUGGUACUGUUAUUGGUAUCCGUCAGUUUGUCGUCUGACGGCGGUGUAGCUGCUCUCUGCAGCUCACCUUACUGCCCGCCACCCUGGCGUGCUUUCCAGGGGCACUGCUACCUGUGGGUGGACAAACCAAUGUCCUGGAUGGAUGCUGAGCGUUACUGCCAGAUGCUGUCCCAUCCGGGGAAGAUGGUCCACCUUGCGUCCAUCCACAGCGAAGAGGAGGAUGAAUUCAUCAAAAUGUACGUCAGGAAAUCGUCGGCCAGCCCCACGCCAACUCCGUACUGGAUUGGCUGCAGUGACAUCGAACAGGAGGGUCAUUUCCGGUGGAGUGAUGGAUCUGACGUGUCCUACGAGGGCUGGUGGCCAGGGGAACCAAAUAACGUAGGAGAGGAAGACUGCACCGAGAACCUAUUUCAGUUUAGCGGCAAAUGGAAUGAUGUGCGGUGCAUGAAUGAAAACAAUUUUGUCUGCAAACGCUAGAUAUUAUACAGGGUGA